GUCGACGUGGCUGUUGCCAGGUGUGCUCAACGAAACCAGCAAAAAAGAUUUAACAAGAGACAUUGCGAGACACGGCGAGACAGAGAGACGGUAACAAGGCAACCCGAUACGAGGAGAAGAAACAAGAAGAGGAAGAUUUAAGAACGAUCGAGGAGUUAAAGUAGGGAAAAAUGGUUUCCGAAUUAAUAAACGCGAACCCCAUCGUGUACGAGAAGAAAGAGCGUCGAGCUCGAAGCGCGCCGAGUGAUUACUCGGAUGAAUACGCCGCGGAACCCAUCGAUCAACAAGAAGUUUUCGAUCAUGUAAGAGAUAUAAAGGACCCAGAGCACCCCUACUCAUUGGAGGAGCUCAAAGUAAUAACAGAAGAUGCAAUUGAAGUAGAUGACGUGCAAAGUUAUGUUAGAGUUACAUUUACUCCCACAGUUGAACACUGCAGCAUGGCAACAAUUAUUGGACUUUGCUUGCGAGUAAAACUUUUGAGGAGCUUGCCUUCUCGUUACAAGGUUGAUAUAAGGGUAGCCCCGGGGUCUCAUGCAUCUGAAGCAUCAGUUAACAAACAACUGAAUGACAAAGAACGGGUGGCAGCAGCACUGGAGAACCCAAAUCUCGUGGAUAUGGUUGAUGAAUGCCUGGCUCCAUCUUAUGGUUGAACAUGUUGUACAUCCAUACAAUGCAGUUGGAUUAAUAGUUUCUCCGAGCCUUUUGAAGAAUUAGCUCUGAUCCAAUACUAGCAUUCAAUUUCUUUCCUUUCUCAGCAUAUUUGGCCAUUCCUGUUGUGUAAUCUGAGUUAGAUAUAAUUUGAAUGCCGCCCCCUGAUUUAUUUCUAAGUCUUGUAUUGUAGGUAACUGCAAUGAUGCCUUGUGUUCUGGUA